CGAGCCGUCGUCUCUCACUCCUCCAGGCACCCAUCGUCUCUCACCUCCCGUCCGCCGCUGCAUCCUCAGCCCCACCCGCACCCUCGCCGGCCGCCUCCUCAGCCCCACCCGCACCCUCGCCGGCCGAGUUGGGUCCUGCUUGGGAGGGGAGAAAAAGCUCAGUACAUUCGAUUCUCCUUCUCAAAUGGGGAUGGGGAUGGGGGUUGGCGGUUAGGGUUCCAAUCGAUCGAUUUCAGAGGAGAGGAGAGGGGAGGGGAGGGGAGGGAGGGAGAAAUGUUCGGGGACAUGGCCGCCACCGACUCCAGCAGCAUGGCCAUGGCCAUGGCCUUUUACCCGCUUCAGGGCCAGGGGCUCCCCACCACCUCCUCCUACAAUCCCCCGCACCACCACAACCACAUGCUCUCCUUCACGUCGUCCACUCCCGAUCCCACCCUUAUGCCCCCCGCCACCACCUCCUCACUUCCAUCAGCUCCAAAAAAGUACAAGUUUGUCACCGCUUCGCCUGCCGAUUGGACCGCACACGAGGUUGCAACCUUGGAGGAGGGCCUCAUCAGAUACGCCCAUGAACCUAAUAUUACCAAGUACAUCAAGAUUGCUGCUAUGCUGCCGGCUAAGACCAUUAGGGAUGUUGCACUAAGAUGCUGUUGGACUCCUGGAAACGAAACUAGGAGGAGGAAACCUGAUGACUAUUAUGCAGGGGAAAACAUGACGUACUUGAAGAAUAAGAUGGUUGCCUCUACCUCGGCAGCUAACGUUCCAAUGCCGCCUACAAACAGUGCAUUCCUGCUUCCAUUAUCACUGCAUCAUCCAAGUCAAAAUAGCUUGGUUCCUAUGGAAGCAGCCCCUGUUUUAGAUAGUGCAAUUCAGCAUCUUCUGGAGGAAAAUAAUCAGUUACUCAGCCAGAUUGCUGCAAAUAUCAAAACCUUCAAGACGGAGGAGAAUAUGGACCUAUUUCUACGCAUGAAUAACAAUAUAAGAGCAAUUUCAGAAAGAAUGAGGGAGACACGGGGUACCAUGGGUCAGAUGCCUUCCUUGCCAGUACAUGUAAAUGAAGAGCACUUGAGUUCACUUGUUCAUUUGCACAGUGGGGGCAAGCUUGACAUGAAGCUGUCGUAGCAAAUACAUGUUGGAAGGGAGGGGAAGAAAUGGCGCCCUGGUGAUUUUCUGUAUAAAUGGCAUGAAAAACACCACAUCUCCGCAUGCAGAUUGCAGAAUGAGGUGAUAUGUAGGCUACACCGAGCAAGCUGCGGCAUAUAUAAUAAGUAACUGCAGGCCUAUUCUGUUGUUGGGACUAUCUUUUGAUUGCUAGGGAAGGGAAAGAUGAGCAGGGCAAGUACUGAAACCAAGUGAUUGCGUGGUGAAUUUUGUUAUUUAUUUUGAGGAAUAUGCUACUCCUCCAAGUCCUUUGGGUGCUAGAAGAAGAUAGACGUAGACCCAGGCAAGGGAGGGAGAACAUACUAGGAGAUUAGAGUAGGUUAUUAGGCUUGAUUGAGUUGAGUCUCAUGUAAAUACAAUACAUUGCUCGCCUCUAAUCAAUUUGAUUUGAUGAUGACA